AUGGAAACAGUUUCAACGAGAAAUCAACGAGAUUUGGAAGUUGGACCAUCGAGUAAGUUUAAUUGUCUGAUCUUUUUUGUUGUCAUGUAUAAGUGGAUGAUGAAGAUAAAAAAGUUCGUGAGCUAGAAUAAAUUUAUAGGUAACAAAUGGAUAUAGGUUACAAUGUGCUUUCUGGAUAAUUGUGAGGUUUUUGAUGUCGUGUACUUACUUUUAUGUAAUUUUCAGUAACUUUUUAAGACGGAAUAUUGAAUUUUCUAAAUUUUGGUAUAAAAAAUAUUAAUUCAUAUUUUUUAGAUAAUAUGUAUAAGCUUCACCGUUCUUCAGCACCAGGAUGGAACGAUCCACCAAUUACCAUUACUAGUUCUCACAAGAACCGACUUCUUAACAUGAAGCGAUCUUUGGAUCCUAUAAUUACUGUAAGCUUUUUCUGUUUUUGUUGAAUUUUAGGUAAUAAUCAAGGAAAAAGAAGGCAGGAUUGGUGUAAUAUUCGGAUCGAAAACCUAUUUUAUUGUGAGUUUGGGUAAUAAAACUUGCUUUUUCCGAAUCCUAGUUAUGGUGGAGCUUACGGUGGAUAUGCUCAACAACAAUACGGACAAGGUGGUUAUGGCCAACAGCCUGGUCUUCAACAACAAAACUCGUUUGAGCAAUAUCAACAAGGUUAUGGCCAACAACAACAAUUUCAGGUGCGGUAUUGAAAUCUUUUAUGUUUAGACUUAUUUAUUAUUAUAUUUAUGGCAUUUGCAUCAAAAUAAAUUAAAAUUUUGUUUUUUAUGCUAACUUCCUUUACUUUUUGACCUUUUAACUUUUCAGCCAGCUGCGGCCUUAUGGCCAACAAAUAAGUCCAGGACAAAACGGGCAAUUUGGACAAAAUAACUCAACAGCACCACUAAGUGCACCAUCAGCCCUACCCCAAUCGUACACAACAGCCGCCAACACGCCUGCUCCCACCCCUGCCUGCGGACUGCCCCAGCCGGCCUAUUCCCAAACCUCAGCCGCACAACAGUACCAACAGCCCUACUCGCAGUUCCAGCCCAUCCAACCCGGCUUAUAUCCACAACAAACGCAGCAAAGUAGAUAA